UCUCUGAAAAUGGCUGCACUAUCUGUUAACAUAGAAGUUGGGGAAGAAGAAAAAGAAAAAAUGGAAUCGAAAUCAGAAGCAGCAGCAGAGAAAGAAAGAAUGAAGCCAUGGGAACAGCACGCAGGGGUGAUAAACAUGCCUCGUUUCGAUUACAACGCACCUUCUGCCCUUCUUCAUCAUUCUCACUCUGGCUUCCUCAUCACCUGCUCCAUUAAAAGGGAGAAAAGUGCUACAAAAGAAGCCAUGUCAAUCCUUGAAAAGUAUGCUGAAUCCUACAAUAGUGGAAGCUCUGAAAGCUUGGAAAGAUCUGAUGAAAAUGAAAGCGCUAAGAAAAGGAGAAUAUUGACUGAUGAAACCAGUGUGAAAUGUGAUGAAGAUGUGAAAAGUGAAAGCAUUAUUGAUGAGAUUAGUGGUGGACCUGCAAAAGAUGAUUGUCAAUCUCUUUCAAAAGCAGAUGCACCUGUGGAAAGAGGUUUUGUUCUUUCACUAGUGAAGCUGACAGGAAGUGGUUUGGUUCUCCUUACCUUUCCCAGAGAAAAUCCCUCUGUCACCGCAGACGUUGUAUCAAAUAUUUUCCAAUGUCUGGAAUCUGGGAUUUUAAAGUCACCUCUCUGGUGUCAUCGCAUUUUCCCUAUUCAAGCUACUUGUUUGUUAAUUGAGAAGGAGCUGCGAGCAGUUGUGUCAAAGCUUGUUCUUCAAUUCAUCAAUGACAAACAAAAUAAACUUGCACGGCCUAUUAAGUUUGCAGUUGGAUAUAACAGAAGAGGAAUUGAAGAGACAUGCAUGAAGAAUUUGAAAGAUAAUCCAAAAGAUUCUGAUCCAUUUCCCAUGUUGGACCGGAGCAAAUGCUUUGAUGUUGUGGCUUCUGCAAUAAAAGAUGCUGUACCAGAGUCAGCUGUUGAUCUCAAAUCACCAGAGCUCUCUGUUCUCGUGGAGUUGUUGCCUCUUUCUGGAGUACCUAAUGGAUCUUUGGUUGCUGCUGUCUCUGUUCUUCCUCAAAACCUUGUAAGUGUAAAGCCGCGGCUCUGCAUUAAGCCACUAAUUUCUGAUGCGAAUGCACGGAAUAGGAGUUAAUAUGUUGUGAAAAUAUCCGACCUAACCAAGAGCAGCAAGCUUCGUAACAGGUAAUCACAAUAUAAUGUCCUUCAUGCAGCUAUGGUUUCUCCAGUUUUUCUUCACCUGGAUGGCUUAGCAUGGUGCAAAAGAUGCAUAUUUAAUUCGUUUGAUUAAAUAGGAUAGGCCUUCUAUCGGGAUGAAAAUAGAUAGGGCUGAUUUUGGAUCAUGGAACCAGACCAGCAGCCUGGAUGAAACAGUCAUGGCAGUUCUUAUCACCUCGAAUUGUUUCUAUACCACAUGCGAAUCUUUGCCCUGUUUGUUUGUAAUGGUAGUCAACAUUGGUUAAAACUUAUGAGAGAUUAAAUUGAACAAGGAUUUUGCUUCUA